UGAGGGCGAAGAACCUCCUCAUUUCCAUCCCGAGUUCGGCCGCUUUAUGCUAGAGGCUACUCCGGGUAGGCCGUGGGGUAUCGACUUCAAGGAUCUUUUGAAAGUGGAAUCGAAUAUGAAAUGGAGGCGGGAGAUUGCAAAGUCUCACAUGGCGCCAAAUGAGGUCCCCAUCACACUUACCACGUUUCCUCGUCUAGGAACAAAGGAUGAUUACAUUCAGCCUUACUAUCCUCCAUCUGGGCCAGCACUGCGCUCGCAAUUUGUCCCCGACGAAAUUGCUAAUCCACAUAUCAGAUUCCCAACGCUGGCAGCAAAUAUCAGAUCGAGAAGGGGCCGAAAGGUCGAGUUGAAUGUGCCUGUAUUCGUGGACAAGAACACCCCAGUGCCUUUCAAGGACCCCACAGUUAACUAUGAUCUUCACAAUUGGCCUGAGGACGAUGAUGUGCGAAAUGGGGCAGCAAAGGAAGGCCAUGUCUAUAUGGAUGCGAUGGCGUUUGGAAUGGGCAGUUGCUGUCUUCAGAUCACAUUCCAAGCAAAAAACAUAACGGAAGGGAGGAAACUGUAUGACCAGCUUAGCCCACUGGGACCAAUUUUACUGGCACUUACAGCUGCGACACCAAUAUACAAGGGAUUCCUUGUCGAUACUGAUGUUCGGUGGAAUCAAAUCGGGAAUUCUGUUGACGAUAGGACGCGGGAAGAGCUUGGCGAACUUCCUCUGAAGAAUGAUAGAUGGAGGAUCCCUAAGUCUCGAUACGCGUCCAACUCCACCUACAUCUCCCAGGACCCCAGGCUGCGCAAGGAGUACCUGGAUCCUGAACUGAUUGUGGACGAAGACAUCAAGAAACGACUUAUCGAGGGAGGCAUGGAUGAUUUGUUGGCGACGCAUUUUGCCCACCUUUUCAUCCGUGACCCCUUGGUCAUCUUCGCAGAGGAUCUGGACGAGCUGGAUUUGAACAAGGCCGACCACUUUGAGAACUUACAGUCCACUAACUGGCAGCACAUGCGCUUCAAGCCGCCGCCACCAGACAAGGCUGACAUUGGCUGGCGUGUCGAAUUCCGUUCAAUGGAAAUUCAGAUGACGGACUUUGAGAAUGCGGCUUUCAGUAUCUUUAUUGUUCUCGUCACUCGUGCCAUCCUCAGCUUCGACCUUAACUUCUACAUACCGAUUCAACGAACCACCGAGAACAUGGAGACGGCUCAUGCACGCAAUGCGGUGCUGGACCGGAAGUUUUAUUUCCGCAAAGAUCCAUUUUCCCGCCGUGUCCCCAGACCGAGUCAUCGUUCGACCAGCGCCAGCGAGGCCUCAUCAGCCACUUCUUCUGCCUACAAUACACCCCUCCUGGAUUUGGAGUACGAUCUUAUGACUAUUGAUGAAAUUGUCAAUGGCUCUGCGGACGGAUCAUUCCCGGGGCUCAUUCCACUCGUUGAAUCGUACCUGAAUAGCGUCAAUGUGGACGUGGAGACUCGGUGUUCCUUAGCUACCUACCUUGACCUCAUCAAGAAACGAGCAAACGGAACUCUCUGGACAGGGGCCCGGUGGAUUCGUGAGUUCGUUGCCUCUCAUCCUUCGUAUAAGCAGGACAGCGUGGUAUCUGAAGAGAUCUGCUACGACCUUGUGAACGCUGUGGAAGAGAUGACCAUAAAGGAAGGCAGAGACGGGAGUGUCGGAUGGCAAUUACUCAGGGGCAAAUAAAUUUCAAAGCAUUGCAUUAUCGAGUGAUGAGAUUUGUUUCACAGACCUAGCAUUGGUGUAUAAUAUCGUUCAGCUAUAGAUAGCAUUCUCUUGCAUUACUUGGUCUUCCAUUACAAGACUUAUGCAAAACCGUCUUUGAUAUCCAGACCCUUUCCAGUUCUCCCCCUUGCACAUUUUGUCUUUGGCUUUCUCUGCAGAUUCGCUUCAG